CCGAGUGGCCACACAGAUUAGAAUAUGGGACGCACCCGGUGUUGUUAUCUCUCUCUCUCGAUGUGGGAUUGGAUCCCAUAAAAUCCAUUUUAUUCUGUAACACACCAUCAUUCACGCUCCGUCCCUCUUAAUCUUUCUUCAUCAUCAUCUUCUUCUUCCCUCCCAGGCCUCAAUUCCAAUCGCCAUGCCUCAUCCCACGCACCACCCCCAAUCCCAACCCCAACCCCAACCCCAACCAAAACCUAAUCCCAACCUUCUCUCUCUCUUCCUCAAACCCAUCAUUAUGCUUAUUCUCACCUCCCUCUUCUUCCUCUUCAUAGGCUUCGCUGCCUUUCUCCUUCUCCACCUCUUCCUCCUUGGCGGCGCCUUCCACCGCCUUCGCUUCCGCCCCUCCUCCGCCUCCGCCUCCGCUUCCAACGCCCUCCUUCCUCGCGAAAUCAAUAAGCUCCCUCGCUUUCGCCUCUCCCGGGGAUCCCACAUGCUAGCCGACUCCCACUGCGUUGUCUGUUUAGACGCCUUUCGCAGCGGCCAGUGUUGCCGGAAACUCGCCGCCUGCGGUCACGUCUUUCACCGCAGGUGCGUCGACACGUGGCUCCUCAAAGUCGCCGCAUGCCCCACGUGCCGUACACCCGUGCGAUUUAAUGCCGGGCCUCCAGUACAUGACGCAACACUAGGUUCUGCUUUUGGCCAGUUUCAAGCCUGCGAAACUGACUCCAUUGCCGACACCCUUUUAUAGCUUUGUGAUUCCUUAAAUACUCUGCAUGCAUAAAACAUUUUUCAUUGGAGUAUUAUUAAUUAUUAAUGGUGGAGUGUGGAGCACGUCCUGCGGUACAUCCAGUUCGGCUGUUUUAUUUGCUGUGUGGUCUUUGACACAAGCACAAGAAGUUGCUGAUAGCUCAGGGGAGCACCAGAGAACUCGCACAAGACAUGGUUGAUCUUUCUAGAUGGUUAACUCCUUAAAUCUAUGUUUGUUGUGGGGAAAGAAAUGGCAGAAAUGAAAAUAAAGAAGGAAUAAAUUGAGAAAAGAAAAAUGAAUAAGAAAUACAAUUGAACUUUUAGUUGUUUGAUUCAAGUAAAAUAGUGAAAAAUUAUGAAGAGAUUAUUUUUUAUA